GGGGACUCGGGGGACGGGCAGGAGCUGGGAGCCGUGGUUGGGGUUUGGCUGAGGGCGGGCCGGGGUUGUGCGACCCGAGCGCCGUGGCCUGGCCUGGCCCUGUCCGGCGGCCUCAGCUGCCGGCACAGCCGGGCUCCGGUGCCCGCCCUCGGUGGAGCCGCUGCCUCCGCGGCCAGGGAGCCAGGCCGGGCCUCCCGCCGUGGUUCCCCCGCGCCGCCCAGUGCCCAUGGCUGUGCGGGUCACGCUGCAGCAUCGCUUCGGGCCCCGGAAAGGCCUCAGCGAGCCCAGGGCCCCGCAGGGUGAGCGGCUUUUGGUGGCAGCGCUGCUGUGACAGCAGGAGCGGGACAGGGGCCGUCCCCUGUGCUGGCACUGCUGAGGCAGCUCCAGUCCUAAGGGCAGCUCUGGUCAAGCAGAUACUGAGGGGCUGGAGUACAAGGGGGGACUGAGAGCUGGGAAAGGGGCUCAGCCUGGAGAAAAGGAGGCUCAGGGGGGACGUUGUGGCUCUGCACAACUCCCUGACAGAAGGGGACAGCCGGGGGUGUUGGGCUGUGCUCCCAGGGAUCAGGGACAGGACAAGAGGAAAGGCCUCAAGCUGUCAGGGUCAGGUUGGAUAUUGGGGAAAAUUCCUUCAUGGAGAGGGUGGUCAGGCACUGGCACAGCUGUCCAGGGCAGUGGUGGGGUCACCAUCCUUGCCGGUAUUUAGAAGCUGUGUGGAUGUGGCACUUAGGGACAUGGUUCAGUGAUGGCCUUGGCAGUGCUGGGAAUGGUUGUACUCAUUGAUCCAAGAGAUCUUUUCCAGCCGUAACAGUUCCAUAUCUGACUCUGCCACUGGUGCUGGGAUCUCUGUGCUGGCUCUAAGCCUCAGCCUUAGUGAGGGCCUGGGGGAGCAGGGCAGCUCUGCUGGGCUGCCGUGGGUGCUCAGCAAAGCUGGAGAAGGGUUUCUGCUCUGGUUUUAGGUGCUUUCCCAGCACGGCUGUGUGAUCCCUGUGAUUUCGGCAGAUGGGAUUUCCAGAGCCCUACAAAGCAUCCAUGAGCAGCUGCACAGUUGGCCGUGGCUUGGCCUGUCCUGCUUUCCCAGGAGCUGCUGUCCCACUGGGGGCAGGAGGAACAGGGCCAGGUGCUUUAUGGCAGGCUCUGGCUUGAGGCUGAGCUGAGGGAGAGGGUUCAAGGGUUACAGUCCCUCUUGGUGGGGAGUUGAAUCCUGCAAAGAUAAACUUGAGGCAGAUGAGAUUGGAAGUUGAGGUUUCCCUGUCACAUCCAGUGCAAUGGUCCUGUGUGGGAGCUGGUGUGCCUGUCAGGCUGUGCCAGGGAAGGAGCCUCAGGAAAUCUGUCUCUGAACAACAUCCCUGUUGGGCUGGGAGUCAUGCAGCAGCUUCUGAUGCCUUGUGCAGGCUGACCAGGAAGAGACUGGACAGAGCUAAAGAAUAAACCUACCUGCGCGGGGGCAGCAUGGCGCGGCGCCCGCGGAGCAGCCGGGCCUGGCGCUUCGUCCUGAGCGGGGUGCGGCGCGAGACCGACGGCCGGGCUGGUGCGCGGGGCUGGGGCUACGACUCCGACGGCCAGCAGCACAGCGACUCAGAUUCGGAGCCAGAGUUCUCCUCCCUGUCUCCCUCCAUCCCAAGUGCCAUCCCUGUGACUGGAGAGUCCUACUGCAACUGUGAGAACCAGAGUGAAGCUCCCUAUUGCUCCAGCCUGCACACCCUGCACCGUGUCCGUGACUGCCGCUGCGGCGAGGAGGACGAGUAUUUUGACUGGGUGUGGGAUGAGCUGAACAAGUCCACGGCCACGCUGCUGACGUGUGACAACCGCAAGGUGAACUUCCACAUGGAGUACAGCUGUGGCACGGCCGCCAUCCGCGGCAACAAGGAGCUGGCAGAGGGCCAGCACUUCUGGGAGAUCAAGAUGACCUCCCCGGUGUAUGGCACUGACAUGAUGGUGGGGAUUGGGACUUCGGAUGUGAACCUGGACAAGUACUGCCACACCUUCUGCAGCCUGCUGGGCAAGGACGAGGACAGCUGGGGACUCUCCUACACAGGAUUGCUGCACCACAAAGGGGACAAAACGAACUUCUCCUCGAGGUUUGGCCAGGGCUCCAUUAUUGGGGUGCACUUGGACACGUGGCACGGGACACUCACGUUCUUCAAGAACCGCAAGUGCAUAGGGGUGGCAGCCACAAAGCUGCAGAACAAGAAGUUUUACCCCAUGGUGUGCUCGACGGCGGCCAAGAGUAGCAUGAAGGUGAUCCGGUCCUGUGCCAGCCGCACGUCCCUGCAGUACCUGUGCUGCUUCCGCCUGCGCCAGCUCCUGCCCGACUACGUGGACACGCUGGAGGUGCUGCCCCUGCCCCCAGGACUCAAGCAGGUGCUGCACAACAAACUGGGCUGGGUCUUGAGCAUGAACUAUAGCACGUCAAAGCCUUCCUCCUCCUCAUCCUCGGGGAGCGACUCAGACAGCUUGUGCGGCUCGGAUGCGGAGGCCUGCCAAAGGAAGAGGUGCAGGAGGACAUAAUGGCUCUGCACAGCAUGUGCGUGAGGUUUGUUGUGUUGUCUGCAAGGGCCAGUCAAGCCUGAUGCACCUCUUCCUUCUGGGGACAUCCAUUUCUACGUGUUGGCAAAGAUUUCUCCAGCGCUGGGCAAAUCUUUGGCCUUGACAUCCAUCACAGGCGUUUAGAAGAGCUGCUGGCUCCAAGACAUGCCAAUUCUGACACAAGAAAUUUCUGGUGAAAUAUCUGAGCUUCAUCUCCUGACUUGCUGUGGAAGCCAGCACCUCUUCCCAAAGGAUCUCUCUUCUCCCUGUUGGCACAGGCAACGUUUAAGAAAUUGGACUUGAUGACAGGAGUUGGACUUGAUAAUCUUCAUGGCUCCCUUCCAGCUCAGGAUGGUCAGGCAGUCUCCUGGUUGGAGUGUGCUGGAUUCCAGUCAGAUACUGGACCUGGCUCACUGAGACACAAUCCCAGGCCCGUCCUCUCUUCUGUGUGUGUAGGUUUGGUGUCUGCCAUCACCUCGUCCCGCUCUGGGGCACGAUGGAGCAGCAGCUGCAGGGAAAGGGCCCCCAGAGACCCUGCUGGGAACAGGUCCAGGAGCUGAGCUGUGGCUGGUGUUCCUCGAGCCCCUGGGGACUUUUAAUUGCUUUGCAUGUUGGUUUCUGCUGCUUCUCCUCUGUCCAAGACUGUGUUAAACUGUAAUAAUAAAUGUAGAAGCUGUC